AGUUUAUUCCGCUUUGUUUUGCGGAGGUGAGAGGACAUGUUGUUGGUGUGAUUUUCGUAAACGCGUUGUGUUUAAUGUUUUUCUUGUAAAAAGUAUUUUUUGAGUGAAUAGACGUUUUAUUUUAUAAGAAAAGUGUUUUCUUAUUCGAACGAGAGCUGUGUGUGCAUUCGAGUACUUGGAAAAUAGUUACAUUUACGCAAUUGUGCGAGCGACUCGAUGUCAAUAAACUUGUCGGUGAUAUUUUAUGGGAAAGGUGUGCCGCGUCGCUAAUACCUGUUCGCGGCGGGAGGGUGCAUGAAAUCGGGAUGUUGGCGGAGACCGGUGGCGCCUGAGCGUAUGGUGCCAUGGUGUCGUAGAUUGGGAAGAGAUUAACAAGAUGCUGGUUUCAUCGAGUUCCUGUCGACAUCCUAAUGCAUCUUUGAAAGAAGUACACGCUCUCCGCUUUUCCGACUUCGAAGGACAAAGACUAUGUGAAUAUAAUUCCGUAUCCCUGCGGGACAUCUCAAGACUGAUUCCCACGGAUGCCUUAAAAACGACCAGAGACGCAAGAUGAUUAAUGGAUAAAAAGAAAUAUUUUUCUAAAAAAAUAUGCAAUAAAGACAAGCGUAGUUAAAUAUUUUCGAACGAGUAUUUUUGGAAGUUUUUUUUUUACAUAGACAAUAAUGCUUGCCCAUGGUGCUUUAUAGUGUAGUGAGGUGAACAAGCGUUAUAUCGAUUGUUUGCGGGUAAUGAUAGAGUUGUAAUUUGCGUGGUUAUGAAUACCGCGAUGUCGAGCGAGGAGGCGGUGAAGGUGGAAGGGGGACAUGUCUCCGUCACAACCAUCAGCAUGUCUGGUCCGGAAACUAGCAACGGUCAGUUCUCCUACAGCUCGAGUGGAGUACGCAUCAGCGUGUCUUCAGAACCUCAUGAUGAGGAUUCUACUGAUGCUGAAAUCUCCAAAAUCGAUUUCACGCAACAUCAGUAUGAGGUGAACAUGAGAAACAAAAAGAAGCGUUCGUCAAGUGGACAGUGCGAACAGAACGCAGAACAAGAACGUCCUAUGUCUUGGGAAGGGGAACUCUCCGACUCUGAAAUGGUUAUCGACACCAGUGUCAACAAUGAUGAAAACAGCAGUUCCCUCGACUUACAAUCCUCACGGGACUCCAUCGAUACACUUCGAAACGUAACCAUCAAGACUGAGAUACUCAGAGAAGAUCCUCUCAAAUUAGAAGCGUUUCAGAGUUUGGACGAUCAACGUGUUUUGGACCUUAAAUACACUGUUCCCUUACAAUCGCACCAGCGGAGUCUCAGCAUGAACAGGAUAUCAGUACUAACGGACAAUGCGACACUAUCCCUCGCGAGACGACCGUCGUCGCCCACAAGCAGCGCUAAAUCGACAAUGUCUGACCAGUACGAUACGCAGCUCAUGCAAAAUCCCGUCGUAGAAGUCCAGAAUUUGACGAUCAAGAAAGAAACACAAUUAUCUGAACUAAAAUGCGAACCAUCAGUGGGUAUGGACAAGUUACUAGGUCUCCACGGUUCGCCGUUGCUAGGGAGGCUGCCUCGGGUCCAAUCAAGUGCCAGUACGGAUUCCGCCGUACAUUCUAUGUACACGCAUAGUGUAUACAGUAGUCCUUCAGCUAGUCCUCGUCCCUCUCGUCACUAUACGCCAUCUCUUUCUCGCAACAACAGCGAUGCAUCACACUCAUCGUGUUACUCAUAUAGUUCCGAGUUCUCACCUACUCAUUCGCCAGUUCAGGGCCGACAUCCUCACGUUGUAUACCGCGAGGCUACUGUCUUCCCCGCUUCACCUGCCCAUGACGAAGAUACGGAUACAACUGAUGAACGCCUUCAUCAUCACCAGGGUAUUAGCAGACAACAAUUGAUUAAUAGUCCAUGUCCAAUCUGCGGUGAUAAGAUAAGCGGUUUCCAUUACGGAAUAUUCUCUUGUGAGUCUUGCAAGGGAUUCUUCAAACGGACUGUACAAAACCGGAAGAACUACAUGUGUCUUCGCGGCGGUAACUGCCCCGUAACUGUCGCUACAAGGAAAAAGUGUCCAGCCUGCAGAUUCGACAAGUGUUUGGGAUGUGGAAUGAAGCUUGAAGCGAUCAGAGAAGACAGGACCCGCGGGGGCCGCUCCACGUACCAGUGCUCGUACACGCUGUCGGGCGCGGCGUCGACGGGCUCGCUGCUGUCCGCGCACGCGCCCACCACGCUGCGACACGCCUCAAGUCUCACUUGCGUAAAUGGCCCAGGAUCGUAUACCAGUCGAGGAGAAUCAAGCAACAGCCGACUCACGCCUGACAUACCGCCAUUAUUACAAGAAAUAAUGGACGUGGAACAUUUGUGGCAAUACAACGAAUCGGAGCUCAGUAGGAUGAGCAAGUCGACGGGCAGUCCGUCCGCCAACCCGCUCCUCGCAGCCAGCGGGAUCACGGCACAGAACUCCAGCGCAGACUUCCUCGCCGAUCUGUGCAACAUCGCGGACCACAGGCUCUACAAGAUCGUCAAGUGGUGCAAGAGUUUGCCGCUUUUUAAAAAUAUUUCGAUCGACGACCAGAUCUGCCUGCUGAUCAACAGCUGGUGCGAGCUGCUUGUGCUGUCGUGCUGCUACCGCGGCGUCAGCACGCCGGGCGAGGUGCGCGUGGGCGGCGGCCGCGGGAUCACGCUGCAUCAGAGCGCCAAAUAUGGUUUGACACCAUGCAUAGAACGAAUGCUAAGUUUUACGGAUCACUUGAGAAGGUUGCGAGUGGACCGAUACGAAUACGUCGCGCUCAAAGUUAUUGUACUACUCACUUCAGACGCACCGGAAUUGCGUGAAGCGGAAAAAGUGCGAGCAUCCCAAGAAAAAGCGCUCGCAGCGCUGCAAGCGUACACAGCGACGCAUUCGCCCGAUACGCCCGCUAAGUUUGGCGAAUUGCUUCUUCGUAUACCCGAGUUACAAAGAACUUGCCAGUUUUUCAUGCAAGUCGGAAAGGAAAUGCUUAACCCGGCUAAUAAGGGCAAGGACGGUGAAGGUCCGAGUUUCAAUCUUCUCAUGGAACUUUUGAGAGGCGACCAUUGACCAUUUGAAAAGGGGAUGAAUAACAUUGCUCAAGAAAAUAAUGCUAUAAGCAUAAUGACUUCGAAUUUUGUAAACAUUAGUUCUCAAGAAAGACACGUUAACGCUGAAGUGAUAUCACUAUAUUGCCUUUUAUAACUAAGCCCAAGUAUAAUUUGGCCUUGAAUCAAAGACUGCUUUCAUGAACAUUAAUAUACAUAUUUGCUUGUAUAAGUGUAUUUUGUAAUUAUAUUGAUUGUAAUGUAAUUUUGUAAACUUGGAUAUUAUAAUGCAUUUAUUUUUUUAA